AAAAGAGUAGACUCAACAGAGUCGCCUCUCAGUUACAAGCUACGCCAACCUUUGUCAAUAUCGCGGCGUGCCUUCCUUGAUAUCAACACAAUCUGUACACAACCGCCAACUGGAACGAACACCCAGUCUACUCAAGAUUGCGUCAUUUUAACUCUCAAGAUGUCGAAACUGAUUAUCGCGUUCCCUCUUUUGAUGGUGGCUCUGAUUGGAAUUGCCAUCUAUGUGCAAAUCACCUCGAGCACGCUGUCACUGCCCAUCUCGACGGGAACAACUGUACUCACAAUUCUACUUCCUCUCUUCGCCGUCGCCAAUCUCUUUUACACGCCUAUCCUGAAUCGCCUUACCAAGUCGUCAAAUGUUCAGCAAUUUCUGCUGCCUGCAUUGCAUAUUCUUCAAGGCGGACUUACUGUCGUUAUUGCAACACUGGCAGCCCAGGGAUUCACGCCUGGUGCACCCUUGAAAUGUGAACUAGAGGGCGCUUGGCAGCUAUUAUGGCAUAAGCACGACGGGCGCGCCAUUGAGCGUAUUCAGAACGCAUUCGAUUGCUGUGGAUUUCACAGUGUUGUUGACCGUCCCUGGCCGAAACAAGAGUGUCAGAAAAUCUACGGUAGACAUAUACCUUGUGAUGGCCCCUGGUCCGCAUCUAUGCAGCGUACUUCGGGUCUACAGUUCGCAGUUGCUGUGUUGUGUGGCAUGAUCCAAUUGGCACACCUUGUCUACUUCAAACGACGUGGACAAAGGGAUAACGCAAAUCCAGCCUACAAACAUCGGGCUGAAAGGGCUGAACGGGGUGAGAAUGGGCGACUGAUCGAAGAAGCAUAUCACGAUGGUGAUGAUUCGGGAGUUGGUGAGGAUCAAAGUCCACCUCAGUCAGCUCUACCGGCACCUCAAGUUAAUCAAGAUGAGGGGCCUCGAGUUGAGCCUUCUGGCCUGGGCCGUGACGAAGCCAACGAAUGGGGGUCAUAUGAUGAGUGAUCUCACAUGUUCUAUACCGACCACCAUUGGCUGAUGCAAGCUUCAAUGCAAAGAGAGAUCAUCUGUAGGCCUUGGGGUUGGGAAAUUCUGAUUACUAAAGUAAAGGCCUGAAGAAAAGUGAAAGGAUAGUUAUAGUUGGCGUACUGACCUUCCGGUCAUAAUUUUUGUGAUGUGGAGGGACUGCAAAACUGGUGAAGAGUUACUUUCUGGGUUUUCAAGGAAUCGUCACUCAUAUGUGAGAGUAC